AUGAGGUUGCCAAUAACAAUCGUCUUCACACUCUCAGCCACAAUUGCUGUCUUUGUUGCAACAAGUCUAGCUGACUUUGAUGAAGAACCUCACAUUCAAAGUGAACUACCACCUAGUGAAAUCCAACAACAAACUUCAUUACGAGGACCGCGCCGCUUCCUAGCUCAACAGAACCUGAAAGCCAAUGUGACAUGUGAUAAGUUUCCUCGUACUUGUCAUCUAAAGAACAGUAGUCCAGGACCAGAUUGCUGCAAGAAGAAAUGUGUUAAUGUGAAGACGGAUCGCUUGAACUGUGGGAUGUGUGGGUACAAGUGCAAGUAUACUGAAACAUGCUGCAAAGGGCAAUGUGUUAAUGCGUUAUUUGACAAAAGAAACUGCGGUGGGUGCAAUAAGAAGUGCAAAAAGGGCGAAUUCUGUGUUUAUGGGAUGUGCAAUUAUGCUUGA